GAGCGUUGUUUCAUUAAAAUUAAAACGAAACACAGCAGGAUAACGAUCGAGAGACACUGGCAAUACUUGUUUAAUUUAUGUGCGCAUUCAUAUGUGAGGUUUGUCAGUGCACGCAUACGAGCCUCGACUUUCGUGAAUUUUCCAGAGCAACCUGCAGAACGAAUUCCUCGUCUUAAAAUCAGGUAGACGGCGAACGCAUGGUCGCGAAACCUGCAUAUGGCGUUUCAAUUUCACGAAGUUUCUGCAGCCUUCUUACGAACAAAAAUGCCCUUUCCCAUUUCAUUUACGAAAUUGCUGCUGGAUUAUCGCCAUCGUCGAUCGUUGUCACGGACUUUGAUUGACUGAAAUAAAAUCUAUGUACCAAAAUGGUUUUAUUACAACAACGAUUACGAUAAACAACGUCUUAUUUUCCGCAAUGUAACAUCGCGUAGUCGAUUGUUUCUAAAGAAAUCGUCAUAGACCUAGGAAGAGGUGGGCGAACGCGUUAACAGAUGCUUAUCGAUCUUGCGAAAGAUAAAUUAUUUCAGGCUCGACAACAAUGCCGUUGCGAGUGAUUCGUAGCGACAGUUUAGCGUAUCGCUGCUUCUUCAGAAGACACGAGCGGGUCACGGACCGUGAUAGCGUCCCAUGGAAAUCUAACAAUGAAAGCGAAACCACCGGCUCCAAUUAUGUCCAUGGUUUGUCAUGUCGUGACGAUUCGGAGUAGGUGCAUGACUAUAUAUGCCAGGGACAAUGUUCGUGUCGCCCAGUUUCUUCAGAGCCAAACGAUACAACACAGCCACGAGGACUAAUUUAUUUUUCACGUUCCACGGAGGUAUGCUUCGUAGAGGUAGCAAAUUCGCGAAAGAAAAUGUUCACUGUGAAUAACAUCUUGUUUGAAAUCUUUUUGUCGCAGAUGUCGUUUAAUUUCCGGAAUCCUGUCCUGCUCUUGUUAUCUUUGACGGCGAUCGUCGGAGGCAACCCCAAGUUUGACGAUGGAGGGUUCAUACCGAGUUCCAUGAUCUAUCUGGAAAAGAACGCAAAGUCCCAAGAUCAGAUAGCUAUGCCUUCCGAGCCAAGGCUACGCAGUGAGACAUCGACAAAGCGGAGUGACGUGGACAACGACGUGGAUAUUACGGACCGUAGCCAAGAACCUCGAUUUGGUUUCACGAACCUUGGUAGCACAGGAAGCGGUUACGGAGUAUCAACGUAUGCACCGGCGAAGAUAGACUUGGGAGGAUUGUUCUUGGGCGCCAUCAUAGGGAUAGGUUCCAUCCUCAUCAUACCUAAACUACUCUACAUUCUAUCUGGCACUUACGGCCAUUAUGCAAGAAGCGAGGAGAGUGGCUUCUCUCAAAUCAUGACAAGAAUGGACGACGUUCUGGCUCGUCACGGUAUCGACACGACAUCCUGCAUGCAACGAGCCGUCUGUACUUAUUCGCAACAGGCCUCCUCCUCGGUGAAAGAGGCCAAUAAGCUAAGCGACGAUGAGAAGGCCUCGUCGUUCGAUCGCGUGAUCGAUACGAUCACGACGAAUCAGAUUUUCCGAACGGCCAUGGAAGGAACCGCGAUACAGGAAGCGGUGGAAGCAGGGAGAGCCGGUCGAAAUUGUUCGCGGACUUAUUCACAUUGCGGAUUUUCCAUGGAAACGAUACUGUCUUUAUUAUCGAACGUAAUUACCACUGUCGCCGCAGUUAAUACAGGAACCACGACGCCCACAGGAAAUGGGACGUUAUAAUCGCUAAGAGUGAAAAUUUCUGAUUACGCGGUAAAAUAUCCCGCUACGAUUCUCGGACAUUGAAGCGUAAUGGAAAUGUAGUCGUCUUUAGGUAAAGUUGAACAGGAUAGUAGCGAAGAAUACAUUAGCGCCAUAUGAUAAAACGUAUAUCAUAUUAUACGGUUUGAUUUACGUAAUUGAGUAGUCAUUUAUCAUAAAUACGAUCAGUUCCUCGUGAUGCGAUUGAAAUAUUAUUCGUAAAUGGAAUUAGUCGCAAGUAUCUUUUAACAAAUAAAAAAGGAACAAAUUGCAACAAUUUCCUUUUACGUUUAUUUGGUCUUAUACGCAUGCGAACCGAGAAAAGUGAAAUUGUUCCCGCGUAAUAUGACGAAGUUGCUAGUUCGCGCAGUUUGGCGUGUAACGCGACGACUUUCCUUCGACGUAGACACUUAUUCUUUACACAAUCCUCGUGUAAAGCAAACAGGACCUUAUGUAAUUACAUAGCGUGACGAUCUGUUAUUUUUUAGUGUGAACACGAUGUACAACGUUGUACGCUAUUUUAAAGGUUUUACGAUCUUCGAUGUAAAUACGAUAAUCCUUUAGAGCGUACAUAAAUAUAGAAUUUUUCCAUUAAAAUGCAUGAGUCGCGUGCGAGGUGUUGAUUCCUAAGAGAAUUAAAAUGAACUUUGUCAAAUUAACGUGAAAUAUCGAACCGUCGAUAUUCGAAUUGGAACUUAAGCCCCCAAGGUAGUUCUCGAGGAAUUCGUUCUUAAUUACAGAUUAUACAGCACUAUGAUAUAUUCACGUUAGUAAAGUGCAGUUUCGCUUUUACAGAA